GAAGAACAGGUAGGCUGGGGACGGGUAGGACAAACAGAUUGGGGAAGGGAUGAAGGUUCCUGUUUGUGGAGGAGCCAUGCAGGGAUAGAAGGCAAGGGCAAGUCCAAGGCAGAGCCCAGCAGCCCACAGCCCUUCAUGACCUUUGUCCUUAGCUUCUGCCUGUUGACAUCCACAUGGGUAGACUCAGGGGGUCCACACCCCACAUCCUUCAUAGAAUGUAGUUCAGGUCCCCAAGCCUUGCCCACUCAGAGGAAGUGUCCUGACUGCCUCAUAGAUUGUCAGCUUGGGGAGCAAGGACCCCGUUACUUCUGCUCAGAACCCGAGCGUGGAGGCCGGGAAGAGGAGGGGGGACACAUGGAUGUGAGCUGCCCACCAGCCAAGGCUCAGCAGAGUCCCAGGAUUGAUGCUUGCCUGUGCUGCUGAGAAUGGCACCAAAGCCCAGUCUGGAACCAGGACAAAGGUUAGCCCAGGACAUUCCUCCUGGCUACGGAUCCCGAUGUCUGUUCAGAGUUGAGCACUCCAGAGUGUGAAAAGUGAGAGAGAGAGAGGCAACGUUUGCUGAGCUGCUGGUUCUUGCUACUGAGGCUUACCUGGGACUGAGUGAGCACAAGCCAGGCCUCUCAGCUGCACCCCGGUUCCUGGUGCCUGGACCAGCCGUGUUCUCCUAACACCACUCCUCGGGCUAAUCUCGCCCAGCUGGCCCCAGGCAGCACCAUGGCGUCUGCAGAGCCCUUGACAGCGCUGUCCCGCUGGUACCUGUAUGCCAUCCAUGGCUACUUCUGCGAGGUGAUGUUCACUGCGGCCUGGGAGUUCGUGGUGAACUUUAACUGGAAGUUUCCAGGGGUCACGAGCGUGUGGGCACUCUUCAUCUAUGGUACGUCCAUCCUCAUCGUGGAGCGCAUGUAUCUGCACCUGCGCAGCCGCUGCCCGCUGCUGCUGCGCUGCCUCAUCUACACCCUCUGGACCUACCUGUGGGAGUUCACCACUGGCUUUAUCCUGCGCCAGUUCAACGCCUGCCCUUGGGACUACUCCCAGUUCGACUUUGACUUCAUGGGCCUCAUCACCCUGGAGUACGCGGUGCCCUGGUUCUGCGGGGCGCUCAUCAUGGAGCAGCUCAUCAUCCGGAACACCCUUCGCCUCCGCUUUGACCGGGACGCCGAGCCCGGCCAGCCCAGCAGUGCCCUGGCCCUGGCCAAUGGCCAUGUCAAGACCGACUGAGUAGCAGGGGAGGGCUGGCUAGCGGGGCGUAGGGUGAAGGGGUAGGUUGGAGAGUCUCUGUGGAACCCUUGGACAAAGAGACCAAGCUGGUGGCUUGGCCCCUCUGCACAACAGGAGCGCUGCCUAGGCUGGGCCUCAGCUCCAUGGGGCCCCCUCAAACCAGCCUCCUCCACUGUUGCAGGAUAUGAUCAGAUGGUGAGGGGCAGGGUACCAGGCAACAGAGGGGCCCUGGGAAGGGGCCAAAAGUCUCUCCACAGCUCAGAGGCUGGAAGCCUGUUGCUGAGCGUUAUCUGGACCACGCAGGUGACUUUGGAAACAGCACAGUCUGUGUCCUAGCUAAAAGAUGCUGACAGUGGGGCCAGGGUGGGAGGAACGGGCAGGGGAGGCCCCAGGCUGCUGUGGCAGCCUUAUCCUUCUCUCUCACCUGGAUUUAGCUGGGCUUUGGCUGGUUCCAUUAGGCAAUAUUCAGGUGCUUGCUUGCAACCAAUACCUCCCCAGGGGCCCAUUGAGCUGCAGCCUAAGAGAGACUGGGCAGCCAGGAGGCUGCAUUGGGGCCAGGCUGUCUGCAAGGGUUGGGGAAACCACCCCUUGGCUCCUCUACCCUCCCCCAGGGCCCUUUGCUGCUCCUUAGGCCUUCUGGGGACCCAUGUGGUGCUGGAUUCCCACCAACCUUGGGCUUUGGGAGGUAUCAGUCCCUGUGUGUUGGGUGGCGUUUCCCCUUUUCUCUCAUUGUCAAGGCCUUUACCACUUCAGCUCUUGUAUCCAUGUUGGUCACUGCGUCCGCCCCUCCCUCCACCUCCCUGGGUAGCACAGCAGCUGCCAGAUGUAGAACCCUAGGACACACCCUUCCCUCUUCCUACUUCUCUCCCUCCACCUCCAGGCUCCUGCAGCUUUGCACCCGUUCCUGUGAGCCUGAAGGCAGGGGAGACCUAUGUGGAUCUGUACCCUCCACACCCCUAGGCUGGUGGUCUUUGCCUGUGCCCACUCCCUGCAGGGUCCCAGAUUAAAAUAAAGGACCCUGUGCAGUCCCACCGCCAAUUCCCAGCAUUGUCAGGUCAAGAUGGGCCCUGCGGAUCCACAAUUUGAACAUAGAAGGAAAUCAGCUGCCCUGAUGGUUUUAAUCUCAUGUCCGUCAGGAAAUCUGGCUUGCUGGGGGAUGGAGGAACAGAUCUCCAGUGUUGGAGACCCACAGAGGAUGAGGAGGAAAAAGAGUAUCUUGCAGCCUCCGCUUUUUGGAGCAUACUCCAUGGGCAGUUCUAUGGGCCCAGCUCUGCAGCGAAACCUCAGGGCUGCUCUGUGCCCCACCCUCUCCCAGCAAGGUGACCCCUUCAGUUUACUCCCUAAUCAGUACUGACCCUGCUGCUGUCUCGGGCAUUGCCACCCUUGGCCCUCCCUCUUUCCUCCUUGACAGGUCCAUUGCUGGCAGUGGACAGAUGGAAGCCUCUUUGCAGCCCACUUCCUGUUCUGCCUUCCCCUCACCCUUGAGGGGAGGGACCCAUCCCAUGAUAUAUGGCCUUUUCUUGACCGCACUAAAACUCUUAGGUAGAAAUUAGCCUUUUUUUCUAGAUCUUUGCAAAAUGAAAAUAUUGCCUGCAAAGGGACAUUCCUUUUUGGCUGGUUGCACCACCUUGGCCAUGCAGAUAGCUAGCUUGCACUGGGUCACUGGCUGGUCUGUGGAAUAGUGCACCGCAGUAGUGUCCUGGGUCAAGAGGAGGGAAGGCUUGGAAUCUUUGGCAAAAAAAUUUCCUCUAGUUUACCAUACCGGGGCAGGCCAUGAAAGGCGUGUGUCAGUCCACUACCUGGCCAGGCUCUCUCCAGUCCAGGAUGAGCUCCAGUGUGCAGGGGGCAGGGGAUAGCUCUGCCUUGGACUUCAUUGUGGUCCCAAUCCCAGAGCUUUGAGAAUUCUGGGGUCUUGGGAUUCCCGUGGGUGUGGAUUGCUUCCAGAAGGAGCACAUUGUCUGGCCCCAUUGUUCUCCCUAGGCAGUUGUUUUAUUUUGAGCCCUCAUUCCCAGUUCUGUGUCUUGGUCUCCUCGACCUCAAGGGGUCCCUUGACCACACCACCCAUGUUCACACUCUUCUUCUACGACUGAACGCAGUGGCCGGCCUGCCCGAGUCUGCCAGCACAAGGUCUCCACAGUCCUCAGCCAGAGCAAAACCCUUAGAUGGUCCACUGGCUCGCACCACUCCACCUGUCGCCUGGUGGGCACUCCCUGGCACCGUUUUCUCUCCAGGUCCAGUAACACCCAGGUGCGGGGGGCCCUGGAGUAAGGCUGCAUCCCUGGCAGUUUCUGCUUCAUCUUGGUGCCCCUUUUCUCCUCUGGCCCUAGGCAGGGCACAGUGCACCUUCCCCAACCCCACCCACCGCAAGAGGGAAAGCGGCCACUGGGGCCCUGUUCUGCAGGUCAGCCUCUCCGGACUUCACUCCUUGCUUUUUGGGUGGAUGGGGAGAGGGAGUAUCUUCAAGAGCCCAACCCCUUAGUGCCCAGAGAUUCCACAUUUGGGGUAGUGCCAGCCCUGCCAAGCAACAGGGUGCUGGUAGGCAGUCUGCUAACUGUUCAUGACUCCCCCGAUGUUCUGAGCCUCUCCCUGCUAGACCCAGCACACCUCUGAAUGACAGGUCACCAUGUGCUGCCCUGCAUGGUUGGACUGUUUCUAAUGUCGGCUAGGCAUCCCGCCCCACGUCGCAUCCUCUGUUCUAUGCCAGUGGGUCACAAUGGCCUAUGCUUAUUCACAGCAAUAAUAUCUAGGGAGUGCCCAGGAAGCCCUUUUGUGCUCAUCCCCUCUGCUCUGCAUGGGUCCCCUGGGGAGGCUGCCACAGAACGGGUCCAUUUCUGAGAACCUGCACAGAGAGAGCUCUGGGGCUGUGAGCAUCAUGGUCGGGGGGGGGGGCGGCAGUAUACAGGGGGCCUGCACCUGCCCAUUACCAGGGGCAGCCUGGUAAUAGGCCCAUGCCUCCAGGAGCUUUGGCUAAGAUGGGGCCAGUGUUUGCAAUUCUUAGGCCUCCCCAGACCUGCAGGAGCCUUUGAAGUGAGUGGGUCUGUCUCCCUAACUGGGUGGCUCUCGAGAAGGACACUGUCAUGGCCGGGGUGUGUGCCCAUCGCCUGCUCUGUGUCUCCAUCGGUCUCUCUGUCUCUUCCUUUUCACAUUUGUGCUUAUAAAAUAUACUGGUGUUUGUGUUCCA